AUGAUGAUAAUGAAAACAUCGACUGAAGAGAGCGUCCAUUUCAAUAGCAAUACUAGCAAUACAAGCAUGUCUUCCUUCAUGUCAUGUUUGCUCAAGGAGCGUGCCACGCAGUUCUCAAUGCCUAAUUCCAAUUGGAGCAUUACAAUUGUUGAUGACAAUGCAAGACCCAAGCAUAUUGACAAACGCAAGAUAUUGUCCAUGCAACAAAAACGACACGCAGAUUCAGCCCGUGACAUGAGAUGGGGAGGCGGCAGCAGUGGCAACAGUUUGACGCCAUCCGCAUCUGAAACAUCACUUUCCUCUCGAGCGACGAGUCGUGGUUCUUCUCGUUCAUCAUCACGGAGUCUCAAGCCAUCCUCGUCGGAAACUUCCCUUUCCGCCCGAACGGACAGUCGUGGUCCUUCUCGUUCUUCACAAGCUGUCCGUCGCACUGUGAUGGACCUGAAGGAGAAAGCCAAUGCCAACAGUCGUUUUGCUCCCAUCAUCACCACCACCAACAGAUCAUCCUUACCCCCUACUGUUCCAGGAAAAGGUCUGAGACGAGCCGCAGCCAGUGACACAAUGUUACUAAAGAUGCCCGUCCGAACAAAGUCCCCAAGAGUUGCCAAAGCACGUCAUUCCGUGGGAGCUGUAGCUCAAGCCAAUUCCACAUGGGCAACAGCAGCCAACGAAGCAACCAGCAGCAUGGCCACAGUUGGGGGGCUUUUGAAAUCACUACCUCCAAUCGAUUUAAGUUUGGAUGAUACUAGUACUUCUACUGCUACUACCAUCCCCUUGGAGAACGAUUGGAUGAGCUAUUCCUCUUCCCAUAAAUCAUCCUUGAGUCGCGGGUCGUCUUGCAACAAGAUGAUGAGCCAAUCUUCCAAUGAUAUGCAGCAAUCAAGCGCCUUGAGCACCAAGAAGAAAAGUAGCGGCAGCAGGAAUGACAAUACAAUGAAAAUGAAAAAGUCAGAGAAGAGGUCGUCAUCUGACAGUCUGAAGCAACGCGCUUCACUAUUGGGAUUGGAUCUCAAGUAA